UCACAUCCCAAAACACCAACAUUUCUCCACAACAUAUGAUGAAACUCAGUUCCCCUUUUCUCCAAUUACUCACUGGCCUUAUCCUUUUAAUGGGUCUCUCCAAACCAGACCCUGACCCACUCCAAGAUUACUGCAUUGCAGAUACAAAGUUUCCUUCUUGCUUCAUCAAUGGAGCUCCCUGCAUAAACCCUAAUCUUGCAUCUUCUUCCCAUUUCACCACAUCAGUUCUGGGCAGGCCCGGGAACACCAAGGCCUAUCCUUUGGGGUUCAACGCUACAUUAACCAACACAGUCAACUUUCCGGGGAUCAACACCUUGGGCCUCGCCAUGGCUCGAAUAGACAUCGAGCCUGAUGGUCUGGUCCCACCCCACACCCACCCACGCACGGGCCUCAGAAAUGACCGUCUGCCUAGGGGUGAGCAUGGGUAGGUAUGGGUAAGGUAUUUGCCCUAUAUUUAACUUUGAAUAGUGACAUAAAUCAGAUUUUAAUAU